AUGAACGCGAGUAAAUAUGAUGUGCCAUCUCAGGCACAGAAAGUCCUCGAGGAUGGCAUCUUGAAGAACCCACUGAUGCAGGGUAUCCCAAUCGAACUGCUUUCCCUCAGCGAACUUGUCCGGUUUGAAGGUUCUUCUCAACCGAGUAUUCCUAUCAACUGGCGUUUUGCCGAGAGCAUAUCAGCACUGAAGGCAUUCGAGGCACUUAUGCUGAGCCACCUGAUUACUCGCAAAUAUGGCAUGAAGCCUACGGAAAUAACCAUUAACACCGACCAUGCUUCCUUGUUCUUCAUGUCGCCGCUAGUUGCUCAAGUCAUCAAGGAUGGCAAACCGCAACCAAUCAGGAGCAUGAACCCUGAGCCAACACUCACGGCCUUGGGUCUGCCAAUGGAUGGAGAGUCACAGGACACUUACGACUCUGUGGCCAAGAAAUUCCAGGAAACAGUGUCCAAGUUGGACUCUGCAGAGAUUGACGAGCUCAUGAAUGAGCAGUAUAGGCAGGCAGGCACCAUUGCCUGGAGCUCGGACGAGUUUUUCGCUAGCCAGCACGGUCAGGAGAACGGACGUGUAGGAUUGUAUGAGAUUUCCAAGGACUCUGCUUCGUCUCAGCCAGCUUCAUGGUGGCCCGAGAAUGAGAGUAACCCGUCGUCGUCUAAGAGGCCCCUUGCUGGACUCAAGGUUGUUGACUUGACCAGAGUAAUCGCCGGUCCAGCGAUAGGUCGAGGCCUUGCAGAAAUGGGCGCUAGUGUCAUGCGAGUGACGUCGCCUAAUGUUACCGACCUUGGCGUCCUUCACCAAGACCUCAACUGGGGCAAAUGGAACUGUCAUUUGGACCUGAAAUCCGAAGCUGACAAGGAAAAAUUGAGGCAGCUGAUCAAAGAAGCCGAUGUUGUCGUUGACGGGUACAGACCUGGCGUUAUGGAGCGCCUUGGUUUCGGUCGCCAAGCCGUUCUUGAUUUGGUCAAGGAUCGCCCCUAUGGCAUUAUCCACGUCCGAGAAAACUGCUAUGGCUGGCAUGGGCCGUGGCAACAUCGAUCUGGCUGGCAGCAGAUCAGUGACGCUUGUUGCGGAGUUUCCCUUGCGUACGGUAGGGCUAUGGGUAACGAUGAAGCGGUUACCCCGGUCUUUCCAAACUCCGACUACUGCACGGGUGUCUGUGGAAGCACCGCAGUCUUGGCAGCACUGAUCAAAAGAGCUGAAGAAGGGGGCAGUUAUGGGUUAGACGUGUCGUUGAAUUAUUACUCCCAAUGGCUAGUUCGGUCCUGCGGUGUCUACAGCGACGAAGUUUGGAAAGAGCUGUGGUCCCGACAUGGCUCACCUGUUUUCCGACACUACCAUAAUAUGCUCUACCUGCUUCCUGCUAUGAUGCGACUUCUGCAGCAGCACGAUGCAGCAACGCUUUUUCAACCAAGAUUCUUCGAGCCACGCCACGCCAAAUAUGUUGGAGCGACGUUCGUGCAAGUCAAGCCGAUCGCUCAAUUUCAUGAUGGAGCCGUUGAGUUCAGAUAUAACGUAGGCACUAGAUCAAAUGGUGUCGACGAGCCCAUUUGGCCCCGAGAUCUGACAGUCGAGGUUGUGGGCAAGGAAGCGGCGUCAAGGAUAUAA